ACGAUGUUGACGAGAGGAAUAUGAGUAUUUAUCGCUCAGGAUUCAAAAUAUUGCUCACAACUCCCGAGGAUCUCCUUUCGUAGAGACCAAAAUCCAUUUACAAUCCCUUUUUUUGUGUGUGCAUGUGUGAAAUCACUUGGAUACAAUGCCAAACUACUGCGGUGCUCCACACAAUAUUGUAGGCGCUAUACGUCGCUGAACAACCACAACAAACUGUGAAAAACUAGUGCAGUUUGACUCUGGACUUGUUUAUGAAUCGCUUUUAGGAAUGCCUCAAAACUGACCCUGUUUAUGGACGGGAACAUUGUUGUAGGGUAUUUCUAGAAAGAUAGGAAUCAAAUUGUAUUUCGACAAAGAAUAUUUGUAAUUCACAAUUAAACAAAGUCAACAAAUGACAAGAUGCUGAAAUCGACUCUCAUGCUGCUCCUUUUUUUCCACUUAGGAAGGGGUACAAUACGAGCAAAUGCACAAGGGAUUAGCGAAGAGGGUGGAAGAUUCAAAGACAAGCUGAAGGAGUUGUUCGACACCCAACCCGUGAGCGAGCUCGUGUUCAUACUCGACUCGUCUGGAAGCGUCGCUCAAAGCGACUUUAUAAUAUCCGUCGAGUUCCUUAAAUUCGCAUCGAAGAUCAUUAGCGUGUCUGCGAGUACGACGCGCGUCGCGGUCAUCUCGUAUUCGAGCUGCAAUCAAAUCCACAUUCGGGUUAACUACAUCAGUUCGCCUGAAAACAAGAACAAAUGCACGUUUGAUAACGAUUUGACCUCUGUGAAUUACCAUCCUGGUGGGACGUGUACGGCAGGAGCACUAGAGGCUGCGGGUCGUGAUGUUCUCAGCCAUGGGCGCCCAGGUGCACAAAGAGUUGUGAUGCUUCUAACUGAUGGUGCAUCCAACGAUGGGGGCCCUCCUCACGCAAACGCGCAAAAACUAAAAAGUGAGGGCGUUAAAAUCUUCACAAUCGGCAUCGGCAGUAUCAAGCUUAGUGAGCUCAACGCUAUAGCAACCAGUGUGGAUGAGUACGUGUACAUUCUAGCCGAUUUCGGUGACGUCCGGAACCUCGCAACUGUUGUGAAAGACGACAUCAAGGAUUAUGACGCGUAUUUCGACACCGUGAGUGCGGAUCAGUGUGGCAGUUCGUGUGACAGCCGUGCACUUUGCGCAUGCGCUACCCGUAGCGGGUCGACCCUCUGUGUAUGCGAAGCUGGCUUUACAGGAGACGGAGUUUCAUGUCAAGAGUGUCUAAUUGGAACUUACAAGACGGCUUAUGGGGACGGGCCUUGUACACCCUGCCCUACCCAUUCUAGGACUUCAUCUGUGAGGAGUCUUAGUCAAUCGGAAUGCCAGUGCCUGGAUGGAUACGAGGGGAACCCGGGUGAAGAUGGAGGCACCUGCCAAUCAAUCCGAUGUCCAGAUCUGAAUAACGUAGACAUAAACAGUGUGAUCAUGGAUGAGUGCGAUACAACCUUCGGUUCUACCUGCCAAUUCCAGUGCCGAGAUGAGUACCGACCAAUGGCAGGCCAAGAAACUAUCACGUGCUUAGAUACAAAACAAUGGUCGGGAAACCCACUUCAGUGCGAAAAGAUUACAUGCGGUAUACUGCCUGACCUAAACCACGCGGAUCGUAUCUACAGUAGCCCUGACCGCAGCAUCGGUAGCGUGUGUGAACUGCGGUGCGAACCGGGGUAUGAAUUCAAGCGGGGUGCGAUUACCAACGUCACAUGCCAGAGGGGUAGUGAAAUAAGUGCCCAGUGGUCCAUUGAGGAUGAUGAACAAGAUCCUUGCAAGAAGGUAUCUUGCCCAGUACUCUACGUCGACAACCCUAAGCGUAUCGAUCCGGCCGGCAUCUGCUUGGAGAUCCCCAAAUUCGAACAGGUGUGUACCUACGACUGCAAGCGUGGCUACCAGGCUGAAGGAACUGUUGAUAGUGUUACCUGCCUGGCUGACGGGACCUGGAGCAUACCUGCUGCCGAUAUCACGUGCAGAGACAUCGAGCCUCCUACGUUAACCUGUCCAGAGGAUAUCAGUAACCCCACAGACAUCUUCAUGCCGAUCAGCACCAUCAACUGGGAAGUACCUGAAGCCACUGAUAAUACCCCUUUCCCGGUCAAGCUGCGGUCAACGCACUCGCCCCCGUACCGGUUUGACAUCAAUACCACGGUGGUGACGUACUCUGCCACCGACUUGGCUGGAAACGUGGCGACCUGCAGCUUCAACGUUACGGUCAGAGACGAGGAGCCACCGAGACUGACGAACUGCACCAGUGAGGUCACCUUCCAAGAUAUCGGGUUGGAUCCUUUCGGAGACCUCGGCAUUGACGAAGAGGAGUGGAAUACCAGCCAGUUUAAUGAUAACUCGGGGACCUUGUCCAAUGAUGUUCUUGGUGUUCCAUCAGGAUCGAGGUUCCCGCUGGGUGACACAGAAGUCGUAUCGAGAGCAACAGACCCGUCGGGUAACACGCAAGACUGUAACGUCACUAUCAGGGUUUCUAAAUACCACUGUGAGUACUACCCACCGCCAUUGAAUGGCGCAGUAGCAUGCGUCGACUCGCCAGGUGGCCAGCUCUGUCGGAUUUCUUGCCAAAAAACAUUUCACUUCACUAAGGACAGAGUGGAAAUUUACGCCUGCAUUGCGAAUGAAAGCGGUCAACAUUUGUGGAGCCGAUCCGACGGCGACCACGAGCCACUGGACAUGCCCUGGCCGGACUGCGCAAAACGUAGACGCGUUAGGAAAGCGAGCUUAAAAACUGGAUUUCGCUACGACGGGACAUGCUUUAACGAAACCUCACAAAAAAAUAUACGCGACGACUUCAUCUCGGUGUUCGAUUUCCUUCAAACCAGGGGAGAUCUCGGUCCGUGCAGCCUGUCGGAUACUCAGUGCAGCUUCGAGAACGUAAACGUGCAGUGCAGUCAGACUCAGAGGCGAAAGAGACGGCAAGUAAUAGAUGGAAGCGGGGGAAUUGAUGUCGUCGAGAUAACAUUUACACUGCUCGUAGAAAUAACGGAAACCGUGGGGCCAGAUGUCAAUGUACUGGAUUAUUUAGAUGCAGCCGUUAACUCUGUUCAAGAAAGCGUUGCCAAUGGUAACGUAACAAUUAACGUGGAUGGCAUCGAAUUGUCGCUCAGCGACGAUCCAAUUGUUCCUGAAUCGGAAUACUCAAUCCUCUGUGAUGUUGGGCAUAUACCAUCAAACGGGAGCUGCGUGCCAUGCGCCCCAGGAAAUUUCGAGAACCAGGGUGUUUGUGAGAGGUGCCCAGUAGGAACCUAUCAGGACGAGUACGGUAAUACCACGUGUAAAGACUGCCCUCUUGACACGUCGACUGCCGCUCUGGGAGCCAGGUCUAUCAAUAAAUGCAAAGCCCUGUGUCACCCUGGGACCUACUCUACGAGUGGUCUCGAAUCCUGCAACGCGUGUCCACAAGGAACCUACGAACCCGGUCGCGGCUCAACAUCAUGUACGACGUGUCCAGACGGGUUGACGACAUGGACAAUAGGCAAUAGCGAUGUAGAACAUUGCACAAAUUUAUGUCCACGAGGUACAUUUUCACCGACUGGCUUCGCUCCUUGUCAGGAGUGUCCCAAGGGUUCUUAUCAACCUGCACCUAAGCAAACGUCCUGUACGCUGUGUCCAGGAGAUUUGUACACCCAUCACGAAGGAGCACAUGCCAUAGAGUAUUGUCAGGUCAUCAACGAAUGUGUGUCAAAUCCCUGUGCGGAUGGAGCGACUUGUGUGGACGUCACGCACGGGUAUGACUGUGUCUGCCCUCCCGGCUUCGCUGGCGAUGAUUGCCAGUUGGACAUCGAUGAAUGCUUCGGGAACGACGUUUGUUUAAACAAUGCCACGUGUACCAACCUAGUCAAUGCCUAUGUGUGCGAGUGUGCGAAUGGUUUUAAGGGAGAGAACUGUCAGAUCAACAUUGAUGAUUGUCUGACUGCUGACUGCCGGUUUGGAUCGAUCUGCGUGGAUGGGAUAGCGUCUUAUACCUGCGAAUGCGCUGAAGGAUUCGCGGGGGAGCACUGUGAGAUUAACCUAUACGACUGCGCAUCGGAUCCUUGUAGGAAUGGAGCGUCUUGCAUAGAUCUAAAGUCCAAUUUUAGCUGCUGUUGUGCCCCUGGCUACACGGGGCGGUUAUGCGAGCUGGACAGCAACCAUUGCCAAUCCUCCCCUUGCCAUGGGGACGCCACCUGUAGAACCACCAGGAACAGUUACAUUUGUACCUGUCCUUCAGGAUUCCAGGGACGCAACUGCGAGAUCAACGUCAACGAGUGUCUUGAGAGUGCGUACUGUCUUAAUGGAGGCACCUGUCAGGAUAUGAUCGAUGGCUACAGGUGUAUCUGUCCCCUUGGCUUCAAUGGAGAUCACUGCCAAACAGAACUGCCGAAAAACUAUGACUUGUCGUUUCCCACUGCACGAACGGCUGACAGGGUGGGGUUGGAAGGAGUAUUGCCAGACCUCUAUGAAUUCACACUAGCCUUCUGGAUGAAGACCUCUGAUAAAACAAACUUUGGAACACCCAUCUCAUAUGCGACAAGAGGGUCGGAUGGCGCCAGCGAUAUGGACAACACCCUUACUCUUCAAGAUUACAACAGUUUUGUCUUUUUCGUGAACGGGCAGUCAGCGUUUACAUACGUGAGGGCUAACGGAGACACCAACUGGCACUACAUCUCAGUAGUCUGGACCAGUGAGACCGGUGAAUGGGUGUUCUAUCUCGAUGGAUCCCAAGCAGCAUCAGGAACAGGUCUAUCGACUGGAACCUUCGUGAAAGGAAGAGGAAUGUUUGUUGUAGGCCAAGAACAAGAUACUUAUAACGGAUCCUACGUGGUUAAGGAAUCUUUCAUCGGUAGCUUAUCACAAGUUAAUAUAUGGGACUAUUCAAUGACUCGGGAUGAGAUUCAAUCUUUACAGUCAUGUUGCUCUAGUUCUGGUAACGCACUUUCUUGGGCUCAGCUGUCGACGGGUCUAAGAGGAGCUCUGAGACGGAGUGAAGGAUCAGAGAUUUGCAAUGGAGGAGCAUGUCGGAAUCAAGGUGACUGCCGUAACAUCGAAUGUCAACAAGGAGCUGUCUGUGGCAUACAGAAUGGACAACCUGUAUGUCGGUGCCCCGAUGGGUUCACUGGACGACUUUGCCAAUUCGAUAUCAAUGAGUGCUCGGUCAACAACGGAGGAUGCGAUCAUCAUUGUCAGAACACAGUGGGGUCAUUCAUCUGCUCCUGUCGCCAGGGUUAUGCUCUUCAACUUGAUCAGAAAACUUGCAACUCUGUAAGCUUCUGCAAACACAAUGGAAAAUUCCAUUCGGCCGAAGAUAGUUGGGAAGAAGGAUGUAAUGCAUGUGCUUGCCAAGACGGAAGAGCAGAAUGUUCACCUAAACUAUGUCCGGGACUAGACUGCCAAGGACUGGAAACAGAAGUAGUCUUGCCUGGUGAUUGCUGUCCAGUUUGUUUGCCAGAAAUGAAAACGUGUUCAGUCAGCAACGAAGGCCACUACGAAACGUUUGAUGGGUACACCUAUGAUCAGCAUGGCGAAUGCCGAUACGUACUCACACACGAUUACAGCGGGACUUCUAAUUUCGAAGUCCACAUGGAGCACCAGUUCCUCAACGCCAAUCAAACUCAUCUCGGCGUCCGCGUCUUGGUCUACAUCGACUGCUUGGAGGUCAAGAUCGACGUCAACGGCCAGGUCUUUGUCCAGGAUGAAGCCGUUGGGUUACCCUACGCGCACCGCAACCCGGCCAACGUUCGCAUCGCCCACGUCGAUGGCGGGCGCGACGUUGAGGUCUUCUCCAACAAGGGCUUGACGGUGACGUGGUCGCAGACGGGCGGAGUCAGCGUGAACCUGACGGUCACGCACGGUGCCGACGUCAAAGGGCUGUGCGGAAACAUGAAUGGGAACAAGAAGGAUGAUAAGAUGACCAGACAGGGUAUCAGGACGUCCAAAAAUAAAGAACUGGUACACAGCUGGAAAGUAGAUGGAUACAAGCAUUGCAAGCAAAGGAACACUCGUCCUAUGAAGUUCGGAUACCUGAAAAUUGGAAGAUGUUCAUCGGUCAGUUACAAAGACUUUGGUCUUGCCUUCAGAAAAUGUCGUGUUUUCUUUAAAAAUAACUUCAAGCGUUGCGUAAGUGAGGUAGAUCCGAAGCCAUACAUCACAAAUUGUAUUGAGGAUACUUGUACGUGUGGCGUUCGUCAGCCAUGUCACUGCGAGGCGAUAUCAUCGUACGUCAACGAGUGUCGACGCCAUCUUGGUGAGGAUAUUGAAGACUGGAGAAGCCUAUCUAAUUGUGCUUUACAAUGCCCACCUACCAUGUCCUAUGACGAGUGUGGUCCGCCGUGUCUACCGACGUGCGAGGACCCCGAUGGUCAGCGAUGCACAGGCACCACGGCCUGCGUGGCUGGGUGCCUAUGCUUUGCUGGGCAAGUGUUUCAUAAUGGCGCCUGCAUCAGUAGAAGUUUGUGCUGAGGAAUAGAUUCCUGAUCUCGGGGUGUCUUGGAAUGACUGUUUUUUUUUUAAUAGGGGGUGCUCAAACAGAAUGAAUUGCCAAUUUGGGUGUAGUCCUUAUUCAUGGACGGCCAUCUGUUUAGUCAAUGAACUGGGGUUGUAAAGCCUCUUGAGCAAGCUUGAUCCCCCCCCCCCCCAUCCCUUCUACCUUAGACCCUAAAUCUCCCAUUCUUUGGACAUAUUGGAGCUUUCAUCUCAACCUUCCCACUUUUGUUUUCUCUCGUUCUUGUUCCUCUCUGUGUGUCUUCUUCUCUCUCUCUCUCUUUAUCUCUAACUGUCUCUCUCACCCUUCCUCUCCAUGGGUGUCCAACACUCAUAUUAUUCACACACCCAUUUAGUUUUUCUUUUGUCUUUUUUCCUCCUUUUAUUUUCUUCCUAUGUCUCUGUCUCUGUCUCUCUCCAUCUGUCCUACGUAUCUUCCUCUACAACCUCCUUUCCUCCCCAUUGUCCUCUUCCAUCAUCUGAUAGCCCGAAUUUCAAUCUUCCCUCUCUCUCUCUCUCUCUCUCUCUCUCUCUAUCUUACUAUCUA